ACCACAAAGCCUGACACAAAUGGAGACUGUGGGCUAGAGGAACUGGCUGAAUCUCCUCCUGUCUGCACCCGCUAGGCUGAGCAUGCCCGUUCCUGAGAGAAAUACUUAAUGUUCCCUGGGGCAACGCCUCUCUCCUCCCUGGAAACCAGUUUUGAAGUUUACUCUUCCAUCUCCACAGUGUGGGAAGCACGCUUUCUGUUUUUCGAAGAUUCCAAGUUGAGAGAAACAGGCGGGAAAAUAAACGGUAGAGAGGCUCCAAGCCUGCGAGGCCUUCACGUGACCCGCGCGCUGCCUGCUGGGAGGUGUGCACUUGGCGCCUGCGCAGAGGGGCACGAAGGCUUCGCCGCCUCCCGCUGACCUGAGGAAGCCGAUCGUGGUCGAAUCUCCGAUUGCGAGGGGGACAAGAGGUUUGUGUCUCCAGAGUAUUAUGGCAAACCAUUUUGUAAAACCCGACUCUAGAAACUGCAAGAGGUCGAGAGAUUUGGAGCCUCAGAUGUCUGAUAGUCCACAGGUACCCUCUCUUGGAAAAUCAGAUUCAUCUAUCUCUGAGUGUUCUGGACUCUUUUAUAAAGAGGAAGCCCUGGAGAAGGAUUUGAGCGAUAUGAGCAAGGAAAUUAAUCUAAUGUUGUCUACAUAUGCAAAGAUUUUAAGUGAGAGAGCAGCAGUAGAUGCAUCUUACAUCGACGAGAUAGAUGGACUCUUCAAAGAAGCCAACACUAUUGAAAACUUUCUACUACAAAAAAGAGAGUUCCUAAAGCAGAGGUUUACGGCGAUCACCAACACCCUGCACAAGUAAAGUGCCUGUACCAGCUGAGGGUGCUCCUGUUACUGCUGUGUUCUACUGUUAAAGGAAACAUGUAAUAAGCUGUAACUUCUUCUAAAUUUAAAAGAGGCUUUAAGAUGGACAUUAAUAGGAAGUGUGUAAUAAUUACUUUGAGGAUCAAAUAUUUGGCACAAUAUAUAAAAUGUAAAUUAAAAUUAUAUACAUGCUCUUUUCUUUAUCCUUUACUGCUAAAUAGCUUAGCCCUUCUUAAGCUGUGAAAGAGGACUCUGUUAAUUAGAUUAUGCCUAAUAAUAUUUGUUUAAAUAGAAGAUAAUUUUGGAGAUAGUUUGAAAAUGUUUUUCUUGGUCAGUAUUAUAAAAGAACAUCAAAAACAUUAAAAGUAAUUUGUCCAGUUUGCCAACAUAUAAUAAAGAUAUAACAAUGUGCUACUGCCAUUUAAUAUUCCCAUUUGGUUAUUUUUACUUUUAACCAUUAUAUUUGACUAAUAAAAAUUUGGCUUAAAAUAUUUCUUGUGAUAAAAAUAAAAACUGGAAGUUACUGUAACCUGGCUAUUUCUCUAUUUUUUAAGUGUCAUGCUAUAUGGAGUCCAGGUGAAUUCAUGGCAUAGCUGCCUCAGCCUCCCUAGUGUCAACACUAAGGUUAUGUACCACUAAGUCUGGCUGUUUGAGUGGCUUUUUACCCAUUGACCACAUUGAUUUGUAAAGUUAAUGAACUAUAUUUAGAUGCUUUAGCUAUAGGGUGGAUGAGAUGGUAAUUAGUAAUAUGGAGCUCAUGAAGUCAGCUUAAAUGAACAUGGCUUUGGCAGGCCACUUCAAUCCUAUGAUAACGUGAAGUUGAGUUUGGUCUAGAUAAGUGGUUCUUAACCUUCCUGAUGCAGCAGCCUUUAGUACAGUUCCUUCUGUUGUGGUGACCCAACAUAAAAUUAUUUUUUGUUGCCACGUUAUAGCUGUAACUUUGCUACUGUUAUGAACUGCAAUGUAAAUAUCUGUGUUUUCUAAUGGUUUUAGAGUCUUCUGUGAAAGGAUCAUUCUGCCCCCAAAGGGAUCCUGAUCCCCCGGCUCUAGAGGAUCUCAUAUCAUACUGAAAAAUUCCUCCUUUGACACAAAUAAAGUACAACUAUGAUUUUAAUUCAAAAUGAUCUAUGUAAUAUAUAA